CCGGGCUUUCUGUUCUGCACAGUCUCGCCGACCAGAUAUCGUCUUUUCAAACCGCGGAGAGUCCGCCCUGCUGCCGCCGUGGCUAUGGUCAAGAACUUGGAUGUGAUACUGGGGUCCAGGGUAGCAUCGUCGUCGUCGAGCUCGGGGUGCCUCAUGGCCAGUGUGGCCCCUGAAUUAUCGGUGCCAAGCGGGAGCUCGGGGAAGUUGAAAUUGGGGGCAGAUUGCGCUAUCCCGCCCUGGGUAUAGCGUCAGGUACAGACCUCCAUUCGACAAGGGCCGUCCCGUCGAUCUUUGCCAAACCUAGGGAGACCAGUUACAGGGCUCAACUGCUCAGCAACAGAGGCCAAUGUGCAGUCCAUGCAUCAAAGACUGUACUGCCGUUGCUUUUCCCCCGGCCCACGACUUCCAUGAUUCGUCGACGUUGAGCUCGGGAGGUAACGGAUGUGACUCCUGGUGAGAGACACCGGGUUCUAUACAGGACCUGAUUUCAUUACCUCUGAGCUAGUAUAACUCUUGCUAGUGUCCAUGAUCUCCGAUCCACGCUACCAAAUGCGUCUCGUCUGUUCUUUUUCUCUCUUCUCUGUUCCCUAACUUCGUCCCACUCUGCAACAGAUCCCUCCACUCGUUUGGGAUGUCACUCGUUUGACAGCAGCAAAACAUUCGCUAUCAGCAUAUCCAAUGACCAGCGGACAACUUCAACGAGAUAUCACUGUCCACAUAUCACACUCUUUGUGAUCUGAACGGCACCGAGACCAGCCAAACAAUGGACAAUCAAGAUGGGUUCCACCAUGGCUUGGAGAAGCGGAUAAUCCAGGAAGUCUUUGACAAGCUUCUGAGCCCAUUGUGCAAGGCCUUUCCCAAGGCACCAGGUUGUCCUACGCCAGAAGAGCCAGUGGAGGCGCCGCCGCAGUCAACAACGCCGACAACAAAGCCGACGACAACACCGGCACCAGCCGCAACUUCACCUCCUGCAGUUGUAGCACCACCUCCAGCCGCAACAAAGACUCAGCCCGCGAGUCCUCCCGUUGUGACACAGCCACCGGUAGUGGUAGCACCGCCAGCCACUACUGCUCCCGCAGUCGUGAAGCCCUCGCCAACCAGCAUCACGCCGCAGCCAACGAAGGGAGCUGAACAAGGGUCAGGAUCGAAUCAUGGAACUAAAUCGGGUGAAGGAUCUGGACAAGGUAACGAACCAGGAAGUGGCCCUGGUUCGAAUGGUGCGGAUAAGGGUAACGCUGGAAAUGCAGGGAAUGAUGGAUCCAACUCUGGCAAGGGAGCCACAGGACCUGUCGGAUCUGAUAACGACAACAACACCACCGUUCCACCACCGAGCAUGACUUCGGAUACGACUGCAGUACAGCCCACGGCUACCUCAGCCAGCUUUGAUGGGAAUGCAUUUUUUCCUGGGAACGUUGUUCUCGCCGCCCCAUUGGCAGCCCCGAGUCAGUCAUCCGAGUCGGGCGAACACACGGUUGGGGAUGGUACCUUGGGGGAUGGGGAUAAUUGGACGCAGGGUUCUCAGCCUUCGGCCACAUCCUAUAACUCAGCAAUCCAGCAUAACGGCCAAGCCAUUUCUACUACGCUCUCCACUGCAUGGGUCGCCGCAGGCACGCCAACAAGCAUCCCGGCAGUAGAAAGCACCAUCCCUGGGCAAGCAUCUGGAUCUGAUGACCCCUCACGGGGCAACCCAGACCUUUAUCCUACCCCGGGCUCAACUCACACGCCAGCGGGUGGAGGCUCAACCACUGGAAAUAGUGACAGUCCCGCUGGGGACUCGCCCAAUACCAGCAGCACGGGUCUUGUAUCUGGUAUCGCCGGUGGUGUCAUCACCAUCGUGGUCCUCUUCUUUGUUCUGUUCCUUCUCCUUUACAAAUACCGCCGCAACGCCCGCGUCCAGAACUUCCUCAUCAAGUACACCCCCCUGAAAGUAGCCGCCUACACGAAGCGUGACAAGAAGCGAUCCUCGAUGGGCAAAGGCCUGCUCCUCGAGGACGAUGAGCCAACAUCACCCACUAUGACCGAGAAAGGGAAGAACGUCAACUACGGCACCAUCCUGCCCGCCCCUGUCACGCAACCCAACCCUACCGCCAGCCGCGCCCCUACCAAAGCCAUCCCACCGCCCGGCCUCGACACGGCUCACGGCCUCAGGUCCCCGACGCCCAAUGAAAACCGUCACAGCAUGUUCGAACGCGUGUCCACCAGCAUGUCCGAUUACUUCCCGCAACCCCCCUCGCCGACACACUCCCACCACUCGCGCGGCAACAGCGUCGAAUCGCUUGGCGGCGUCAGUAUUGCUAGCAGCGGCAUCUUUUCUGCCUCGAUGUUGCCGCCUUCCACCGCUUGCAGCAACAGUACCGCGUCCUGGGCGUUGCCGCCGAGCACGUCGCAUAGUCAGGCGAUGCAGUUUCAGCCGUUGCAGCCUAUGCCGAUGCCGAUGAGACAGUCGGGGUUGUCAACGACGCAGAUGUCGUCGUCGUCGUCGAUGGCGGCGCCGAGGGAAGGACAUGCGGGUCCGUCGAAUUGGCGGGAUAGACCGGACUCGUGGGGAUUCUGAUCUGAUGAUGUUUUUCUUUCCUUUCUCCUUUGUUAGAUCGAGAGGGAAAAAGGAACAAAACCGGAUGAUGAGCACGAUUCGAAGCGAAAACUGGGAAGGGAGUGAUGAAGAGUUACGGGCAAGUGUCGUAUGUCUUGGGCAAUGACAAAUCAUCCAGUUUCAAGUACACGGAUUGAUCCAAAAAUGGAAAGACACUGAUGAAGGGAGAGGAGGAGGGGAAAAGGGGGAGGGGCAGGGAAUUAAUCAGCUUCGGGUUCUCGCGCCUCGUGCAAUACGACUUCAGAAGACUUUGUUACUACACACCUGUUCUACUAGUACCUUGUCGGUCAAUGUAUCCUACCGACAAGUUACGUAGUUGGGUACCUGUUAAUGAUAUUGUGUAAUGAAGUUAGAUACUAUUGGUCGUCCAAGCGCACAUUCACGCUGUACAAUACAUGCUUGCUUUGAAUUGCUUUUGCCAUCGCUUCAAGCAUUGUUCCUUCUUCAAGCAUCAUAGAGAGGGAUAUGACCCUUUCAAGCCAUACUCAACCACCACUACCUAGGUACCCUACAAGAAGCAUCAGCUCGUGAUAUUCCCACCUCUACAUAACCAAACACCCCGACUCCUUAAUUUUCUUUUUCGUUU